CUUUUGCUAUUGGGUGGGCCUUUUGGUCUGCAUAAUAUUUAUUCAAUAAGAUCAAUUGACCUCAUUUCCGAGAUUUGAAAUGACUAAUCUAAUCUAUGAUCUACCUGAACAACUUCGAACAGUGAAAUUAUGUUCUCCACUGAUUUUUCGAUCACAAUUCAAAGAAUAUUUAAAUGAAUCUCUGAGUAGUAGUAGUACAAAACAAUUACUUAUUGAUCAGUUUAAUAUGAUAAAUACUAAAAGUUGUGAAUUGGAGAAAGCGAAUCAAUUGACGUGUCGUGCUGCAGUUCAUCCAGACAAUUAUUAUUUAAAUCGUUAUGACGAUAUUUUACCAUAUGAUCAAACGAGAGUUGUUCUCCGAAAUACAACUAAUCAGAAUCCAAUAAGAUUUUCAGAGUUAUCUACAAAUUUAAAUGUUGGUUAUAUUAAUGCUAAUUUUAUAAGAACGAUAGAACCGCCUAUCUCAUCAAAUGACACCAUCCUUCGUGCAAACAAUCAAUGUGAAUUUAUUGCAACACAAGGUCCAAUUAAAUCGACAAUUAGCGAUUUCUGGUAUAUGAUAUAUACAUUUAAAUGUCCAAUUAUUGUUAUGUUAACAAAGCUUCAGUGCAACAAUCAAACUAUCUGUCAUUUAUAUUGGCCAGAGAAAUUGAAUACUGUGAAACAUUAUAAAUCUGCAAACUAUCAAAUGGCAGUCAGUCUACUUGAAGUCAACCAAUCCGAUUGUUUUACUAAAAGAAUUUUCAAGGUUUCAUUGUCAAAGAAUCCAGGGGAAUCACACAAUGUUAUCCAUAUACAUUUCACUAAAUGGGAGAAUUUCGGUGUACCAACGACUGAGAAUAUGUGGCGACUUGUCAAGGAAUACGAUAGUAUUUAUCAGUCAAUUGUCAAAAGGUCGAAUGUUUCAUCAAUUGGUCCAACUGUUGUACAUUGUAGUGCUGGAGUUGGUCGAACGGGGACAUUUAUCAGCGUUUUAAUAAUUCAUCGACAUCUUCGAUCACCAGACUGUGAAUGGAUUACUCUGGCGAGUGUUGUAUUACUGUUAAGACUUUGGCGUUGUUGUAUGAUUGAAUUAAAGGUGAACUAUGGUUUGUUUGUUUUUUAUUAA